AUGUCGAUAAAACUGUUAAAUCAUCGUGUAUUAUCAUCUCUAUUACUUUUUGUUAAACGUUCGGUAAAUGUUCAACCUAAUUUUGAUUUGGGUAAACAAAUGAAAUUAUCUAACGAUAAUAAACAAUUUAACAAGACAAUUGAAUUAUUUGAUAAACAGAUGAAAAAUAAUACUAAAAUGUUUUCAAGUUUGAUAAUUACUCAAGUUUUGAAAGCAUGUGCUCAUCUAGAAGAUAUUCAACGUGGUAAAACGAUUCAUCAACUUAUAUCAUCACGUAUAAAAGAUGAUUCUUACAUAUCAGCAUCAUUAAUUCAUCUAUAUAUGCAGUGUGGUGAUGUGGCAAAUGCUGAAUUAUUAUUCGAUAAAUCAACAAAAAAAACCUUAUCAAUCUAUGGAGCAAUGAUGAAAGGUUAUAUAAAAAAUAAUCAAGCAAAUAAAGCAACUGAUAUUUUUGAUGAAAUUAAAAAUCCUGAUGAAGUUAUUCUAAUUCUUCUAUUUAAUGCUUGUUCUCAAUUGAAAACUGCAGAAGCAUUAAAUCUAAUGAACAAAGUUUUUCAACAAAUGCCAAAAUCGUUUUAUUCAAAUCAUCGUCUUUUAACUUCUUUAUUCGAUGCAUUUAUUAAAUGUGGAGAUUAUUCAAGUGCAAAAAUUCUAUUUUCAAAAAUACCAAAAUCUGUAGAAAGUUAUGGAAAUUUAAUGAAUGGAUUUAAUCGUGAAAAUAAUCCUUCAGAAACAUUAGAGUUAUUUAAUCAAAUGCAAAGUGAUCAUAUCAAAGCAAAUACUAUUAUUUAUUUAUGUGUUAUCAAAGCUUUAUCACAAAUUGGUGAUUAUUCACUAUCUCAAUCGAUAAUUAAACAAAUUCCUCAUCAUUUUCUUGUUAAUAAUCAACUUCAAAAUGCAUUAAUCGAUAUGUGGGGUAAAGUUGGAUAUGUUGAUAAAGCUAAAGAAAUCUUUCAAACAAUUCCUAAGCCUGAUUAUAUCGGAUACACAGCAAUGAUUAAUUGUUAUGGUUUAAAUGGUCAAGGUAAUCAAGCAAUUGAACUUUAUCGUAAAAUACCGAAAAAAUUUAUUGAUGAAGUGACACAUGUUUGUGUUCUAAAUGCAUGUUCACAUUCCGGAUUGGUUGACGAAGCACGAACAAUCUUUUUAAACAUUGAAAUGAAAACAAAUAAAAUUUAUACUGCUAUGAUUGAUUGUCUCAGUCGUGCAUCAUUUUUUGAAGAAGCACAGAAGUUAAUUGAUGAAUUUGAACAUGAUCAUUCGCCUAUCAUACCUAUUUAUAUGUCAUUGUUAUCAGGUGCUCGAAAUGAAAAGAAUAGUCAUUUAUGUCAACAAGUUUUUGAUCGUAUGAAAAAACUUUUUCCUGAAGUUGGCAAUUCAUAUCCAUCAGCUUCAGUUCUUCUUGCUAAUGUUUACGCAAUAUCAGGCGAUAUGGAAAAAGCAUCAAAUAUUCAAAAUCAAGUGAGUAAAUCACAGGUGAAGAAAGAAAUUGGUCUUUCAUGGACAGUCGUUAAUGGACAAUAUUUUAAAUUUCGAGCUCAUGAUAAAUCUCAUCCUCGAUCAAAAGAAAUCUAUGCUCUUGUUGAUCAUAUAUCCAAAAGACUUAUUGAACGUGGUCAUCAAUACGAUUCAGCUUGGAUUACACGACCAUUAGAUGCAGAUGAAACUGUUAUAUCAGUACUUUGUGGACAUAGUGAAAAUCUUGCAAUAGCAUGGAAUUUACUUGAAAAUCCUAAUCCAUCACGAAUACAGAUAACAAAAAAUCUUCGUAUUUGUGGUAAUUGUCAUCAAGCAACAAAAUUAAUUGCUGCACUGUACCAAUGUGAAAUAAUUGUUCAUGAUGCACAUCGUAUCCACCAUUUCUACAAAAAUGGACAAUGCUCAUUCAAUCUGCCCCCAGAUGAUGCAUAUGGAAAUCUUACUAGCGCGACUAUUUUACCACCUACGACGUAUAUUGAUAGUACUAUCUCCAUUUCUACUAGUACUUCAGAUCUUAUCGGUAUUAUAAGUACUUCAACCAGUGAUAGUACCACAACAACUACUACAAGUACUGACAGCACGUCAACAACAACAUCAACUGCAACAACAUCAACAACAACAUCAACAUCAACAUCAACUACGACAACAUCAACAUCAACAACAUCAACAUCAACUACGACAACAUCAACAUCAACAACAAUAAAUCCAUGUACAUUAAAUACUUACCGAUGGAAUACAACAGGUAUUACUAUACUGAAUUCAUCGCAAGUAGGAUUUGUGGAUGAGAUACUUUUCGAUUCAAGUGGUACAAUGUAUGUGGUGGAUGAAACUAAUAAUGUUGUAUGGAAAUUAUUGAAAAAUACAACAACUCCGAUCAUUGUAGCUGGACAAUUAGCAUCAGCUGGUUCUAGUGCCAGUCUGUUGAAUACUCCUUUGGAUGUUUAUAUUGAUUCAAAUAACAACAUGUAUGUAAGCGAUUGUUCCAAUGACAGAAUACAAAAAUUUGUAAAUGGAUCAACUAUUGGACAAACUUUUGCUGGAAUAACUGCAUCAGCUGGUGCAGCAUUAAAUCAAUUGAAUACCGCUCGACAUUUUGCAGUUGACUCAUCACAAACAUAUAUGUACAUUGCAGACUAUGCUAAUAAUCGAAUUAUGCGUUAUCCAAUGAAUUCAACAACAGGUACUAAUGGAACAAUCGUUGCUGGAGGUGCGGGUGCUGGAAAUACGAGUACACAAUUAAACAACCCUUGGGAAAUUUACUAUCAACCAACAAUAAGUAAUUAUUUGUAUAUAACUAAUUACGCUGGUCAGUCAGUGAUGCGAUGGAUUCCAGGUGCUUCGUCUGGUGAGUUUAUUGCUGGUACGCCAGGUGUAUCAGGAUCCACUGCUACAACUUUAAACAAUCCCAUAGCUAUAAAACUUGAUUCUUUUGUCAAUAUGUUUUUUGUUGAAUAUUCGAACCAUCGAGUUCAAAUGUUUUGUCAAAACAAUCAAACUGCUGUAACAGUUGCUGGUACGGGCACUAGUGGUAGUAGUGCUACAUAG